AUGACCUGUGACAACUUGAGAAAUAAAUUUGAAGGAUAUUAUGAUGUUGAUGCGUGCUAUAACAAUAUAACUGAUAGAUGCCCACCAAAUCUUUGGGACCCAAAUAAUUUGUGUAAUAGCAGUUAUUAUUCUUGUGGAUAUAGAACAAGUAUUAUGAGUGCAUUCUGUUCUUUGUAUACAUCUCAGGCUAUAAAACAGUAUUUGAAUAUUACAUAUACAAUAACUAAUGGACCAGUUGUGAAUACGAUUGCUGUUGCAGAUUUUGGCAUGGAUAUUAAUAGAGAAAAUUCUGAUCGAACGAAUAUGAUUUUUGAAAAAACAAAUAUUAAAUGUUAUUAUAAUGUUGAGACUGAAAAAAGUCCCAUUUGUUUUUGGGGAUAUCCGGUAAUAGAUGUUCUUAAACUUG